AUGGCCAUCUCGAUAUUCGACAGACCUGGGUCUCCGACUCAACAUUGCAUUCCCAUGCCUAACCUUCAGAAGACUCCCCCGUCCAAGAGGAGCGUGUGGCAUCGAUUGGGGUUUCCAUGGCUUGGAAAGAACAACCGCCGUUCGCCCUCCCGGGGAUCUCAAAGUUUUCGUGAUCCCACAUCUUACAAUGAGAGGAGCGAUGCUAGUAGUCAAAGCGCGAACUACAACAGUAAUAAUCUUCCCCGACUAGUAUCGAGCGGAGUUGAAGUGGGUCUGCCCCGCAAUACAACCUUCAAGCGACAGAAUUCUGAACAGCGAGACCGCCUUUACCCCACUGAAACAGGCUGUCGUCGAACGCUUUCCGUGGACCGACGGCGACCCAGCAGUUUCCAUCGAACUCGAUCAUCACCACCGGUUUCUACCGCACGAUUGUCAGCGCCAGAGGAGGCAGAAGACAUGUUGGAGAAGGAGAUGGACAAGAAAUGGAUAUUGAAUCUGAGCAUGCACUUUCGAGAUCGUUCUGAACGAGAAAAGUUUUUCGUCACAUACGCAGAAACCCCAAAUAAAUGGCUGAGAGUUACCGUGUCCUGCGAUUAUAGAAAUGCCGAACCAGAUUCUCUGGAACGGGAUCUCAAAAAAUUGUACUACCAACGGGAUAAAAAUGCUCGGAUAUACGAAUCGAUCCGCGACUCUCUACCUGAAAUCCAGUUCUAUGACACUGUGACAAAUCUUAGGUUAGAAACCAGGGAAGGUCGGCUUCAUGUUCACGUCACAGAGGAUAUGAAUGAGAUCAUUCCUUAUCCGCCAAUAUCUGCUGUUGAAUAUCUAGGAUUGGAUAUGGUCCGCGAGAGCGAUCUUUCAUUUGUUGCCCAUCUAUCUGGUUUUGCUUAUCAAGUGAAGCUAAAUGGGAAGGACUAUGUAAAGAAAGAAAUUCCAGGGCCGGAUAUGGUCAAUGAGUUCCUUUAUGAGAUUAACGCGCUAUAUGCCUUAAUCGGUUCCCAGAGCGUCAUCCAACUAAAAGCUAUCGUUGUGGAUGAUGAUAUGUUGACUACCAAAGGCCUUUUAAUAAACUUCGCGGAAAAGGGAUCAUUGAUCGAGUUGAUCUACGACUAUAAAGGAACUAUUGAAUGGUCUAGGCGAGCGCACUGGGCACGACAAAUUAUCGAAGGCCUUGCCGAAAUUCACGAAGCUGGUUUUGUACAAGGAGAUCUCACCGUAUCAAAUAUUGUUGUUGACGCUAGUGACGACGCAAAAAUAAUUGAUAUCAAUCGCAGGGGCUGUCCGGUGGGGUGGGAGGCCCCAGAAUUCACGAAGCUAUUACAAAGCAAGCAAAAGAUAUCAAUUGGACCAAAAUCGGUACCGGACUCGGAAGACGUAACUUUUUACGAACCAUGUGUCGAUAUCGGACCCCAACGCCUUUCCUGUGACUUCCCAGAGGUGAAUGCACAAUUUGCAGAAUUUGAAAUCGAAGAGAACACCCUGGAUUUUCCUACCAAGGAGGUUGAUAUCGAACUAGGAAAUCCCUCGAGGGCUGGUCUGUGUUCAGCAAUUUAUAGCACUCUGGCGUUUGAGAGUUCUCUGGAUGAAAUUUACACCGGUGUCGGACAGCAUCUCUCGUGCGGUAUUGAGUAUAAUCUAAUGAUGCUUGAUGACAGGCAGCAGGAUACCCAAAGUGAGCGUUGUGAAAGCUUGCACUUAUCGAUAUUGCCGAUUAACCCUGCUCUAAAAGACCUCUCUGAUCCCGGACAGCGGGAUGACGUGCGUUUUGAGUCAAAGGAGCUGUCAAUAAAACCCACUGGCAAAUACGUUUCUGAAUCGGGGAGGCAAGAUGAUCUUCUCUUUUCGUCAAAGCUACCAAUUAACCCGGCUUUCAAGGCCUUACAUUUUGAACUAAAACAACAGGAUGUCCAUUUAUUUCGUUCCAAAGCCAUUCAGGAUGCCAUUAAGUUGUGCAACUGGCCACUCUGA